AUGGGAAAAUCACACAGUAAAGUGCAAACAAAAAACAAAGUAAACAAAAAGUUGAUGCCAGAGGAAGCACAAGCCCUCGAGCAGGUCACCUAUUGUAAGUUUCAGUCUUGACAAUACGUUCACUUUUGAAUAUCGUUUCUAGUCACCCGAAAAGAACUCCAAAAAUGGUACAAAGACUUUGUACGUGAUUGUCCAACUGGUGAACUGUGUAUGGAAGAGUUUCAAGGAAUCUAUAAACAGUUCUUUCCCAAUGGCGACCCGUCUAAAUUUGCUGCUUUUGUCUUCAACGUAUUCGAUGAUAACCAUGUAAUUUUCAUAAUCAAAAUGAAGUGUUUACGUAUUUCCAGGACGGGCACAUUUCGUUUGGGGAGUUUAUUGCUGCUUUGUCAAUAACAUCGAGAGGAACUUUGGAUGAAAAAUUGGACUGUAAUAGAUCGAUCUGCGAAUUCACAAAAACGCUAAUUUUUGUCAGGGGCGUUUUCCUUAUACGACGUUGACAAAGAUGGCUUUAUAACAAAAGACGAAAUGGCGGACAUUGUUGAAGCAAUAUACAGGUAAUUAUUUUCAGUUUCCGCUACUUUUCCUGUUUUUAGCAUGAUUGGAAACAUGUUGGAGUUGCCCAAAGAUGAAGAUACUCCUCAAAAAAGAGUUGAGAAAAUUUUUACUAAUAUGGAUAAGGUGACUUUUUCAAAUUUUAAUGCGAGAGCUCUUUCGAGUGUACUUCCGUUUAUGAUUAAUUUGCAAACAUCAUUUCACUAAAACCGGGUUUCUCAUUAUAGAAUCUUGAUGGUCAGCUCACUCGAGAUGAGUUCAAAGAAGGAUCAAAAGCUGAUCCAUGGAUUGUCCAAGCAUUGACAAUGGAUAUUUCGAGUUAA